GUUAUCAUUAUUCCCUAGCCAUAGCUGAACGAGUCAUCACCAUAUUAUCUCGCAAUAUGAAGCUUACCACUGUUCUUCUGCCUCUUGGCCUUUUCGUUUCCAGCAGUCUGGCUGUUGGCAUAACCAUCACCAUGGCCGGUGGAGGCACCAAAGAUCUUGACAUUCCCACGACUGGGGAGUGCAUUGACUUGUUCCAAGGAACCGACCAUGCUCGUCUGAAUGGUGGAACUGAUGGUACUCGAUGUGAUUUCUGGCUGGAUUCCGGAUGCUCGGGCAGUCCUGUUGGUUCGAUUUCAACGAGCAAGCGGGAAAGUGACAUGGCUGAACCUGCUAAUGGUGCUCGAUGCCAUUAGCUUGAGACUCGGUGAUUGAUGGCCAUUUGGCCAUUAAUCUCUAGACCAUAGCUUUUGUUUCAUUCAGAAAUGAAGGCUUUAAUAUGGGCACCAAGGGAGUUACAUAUCGGGAGCAGCUGAUUUCCAGACUUUUCUCUAUACUAGGGAGCAUAUAGAUAACAGAUCAUAUGGGCAUUGACAAAUCAUUUCGGCCUGUAAGGAUCUGGUCCUUAACACACACCGCAUAUUAUCGUGAGAAAGAUUUCUUUUUCUUGGCUGAAUAGACAGUCCCCGUAUGGCCCGAACCUGGUCAGUAAUUAUU